AUGACCGCCACCUGGCUCCUCCCCAUCGUAGCCCCCAUCGUCGCCUCCGCCAGCGGCAGCAUCGUAGCCUCUGCCCUCCCCAACCCCCAGCACGCCCUCUGGACCCUCCUAACCUCCUACAUCCUCUUUGGCACCGGUUUUCCGCUUGCCAUGAUCAUACUCGCAAUCUACUUCCAACGCCUCACCAUCUACAAGAUACCCCCGCGCGAAGUAAUCGUCUCCGUCUUCUUACCACUCGGGCCUCUCGGCCAAGGCAGUUUCGCCCUCCUCAACCUUGGAAAAACAUCUCUCUCCAUCCUCCCUACCACACACACUCUUCCUCUCGCCGGUGUCUCCCCGGGCCCGGGGCCUAUCCUAUACACCCUUGGCUUUAUCCUCGCGCUCAUUGUCUGGGGCUUCGGCCUCAUCUGGCUUUCUUUCGCACUAGCCUCCAUUGCGCGCUCGCGCUUUCCCUUUAAUAUGGGAUGGUGGGGUUUUACAUUCCCGCUUGGGGUUUAUGCCGUCGCGACGGUGACUAUUGGUUCCGAACUACCGUCGACGUUUUUCAACAUUUUAGGAACGAUUUUUAGUAUAUGUGUUACGGGCUUAUGGAUGAUGGUGGCGGUGGGGACAAUAAAGAAGGCGUUGUGGGGGGGUUUGAUUUUUGCGCCGUGUUUGAAGGAUGCUGAAGAGGCGGAGAGGGAGGCGAGAGAAUGUUUUGAGGAGAAGAGGAGGAAAAAGGGGGAGAAGGAGGAGAGUAGGAAGAACGUAGGUAAAAAUACAAAUGAGAAUGGGCAAGGGGAUGCACAGAGGAGGAUGGAAUUUUCUCCGGAGGAUUCGAGUCUGGUUUGA